UGCGUCCGUCUCUCGAGAACAACCAAAUUCUGGAUUAUACAAUAUGAGGUUGAUUUUGAUUUGUUUGGUGGCGACGGUUGGAGUGGCCCUAGCCAAGCCGCAGGGCUACGACUUCCCGAGCCGCAACUCUGGCUACGACAGCAACGACCGCCAGGGUUACGGUGGGGGCAACAAUGACCGCCAGGGCUAUGGCGGUGGCAGCAACGAUCGUCCAGGCUACGGUGGUGGCAACAAUGAUCGUCAGGGUUACGGCGGUGGUAGCGGCGGCUACCCUGACAGGCAAGUAGCGCCGAACCAGCGGCCGCAGUACACUGUCGGCAGCGUGCUCGAUAAUGAAAUGUACAGUAAUAACGGUGGUGGCUACUCCUCCUUCAACAGGACCGACUUUUACCCCAACAAUGCUGCUGUAAAUAGAGUGCAAAACUUUUACCCCUCCUCCUCACCCGCCUCAAUCGGCACCACAACCACCCAGUCUAACCGUUUCGGCAGCACCGCUUUCGACCGCAACUUCCAGCAGGGGAGCAGCACCGCCAGACCCACCGGCCAGGGUAACUUCCGCCCGACCGGAAACGCCGGGUUUGGGGCGACCAACAAUCAGUUCGGCAACCGUCCCCAGUUCGGCAGCUCUGGCGCCGGAAUCGGUGGUUUCACCACCACCAACCGUCCCGGCGUCCAGCAGCAGCAGCAGCAGCAGUUUGCCGGCAACUUUGACGGAAACUCAGGUUUUGGUGCCACCGGUGUUUCCGGUUUUGCCGGAAACAACCCCAACAACAACUUCGUGAGCACCACCAGUCAGCGCCCCUUCCCGGACAGUAUCAACAGCCAGCUGCCGGACUCGCCGGUUGUAAAUGCUAACUUUCCAGGCAACGCUGGUUUUGUAAAUAGCGCUGUAAAUAGCGGCCGUCCGACCACCACCAACGCUCCGUUUGCCAUCAAUAAUGGUGGUGCUCCCUUUAGCCGUCCUAACAACAACAACGGCUUUGGCGGUUCUGGCAGCGGCAACACCAGGCCCUUCACCGGAAGCAACACCAGGCCCUUCAACGGAGGCAACACCAGACCGUUCGCUGGCAAUAACGACCGAUUUGGUAACAACAACAACAACAACAGGCCCCCCUUCAGCGCUGGCAGCGGUGGAAACAGCGGCUUUGGAAACAACGGAGGCAACAACGGUGGAUUCCCCGUGAACAGCAACAACCUCAACAACGACGACCUCUCGGAGCCUGCCAACUACGAGUUCUCCUAUGAAGUGAACGAUCCUCCGAGUGGCCAGAACUUCGGACACACCGAGAGGCGCCAGGGAGAUGACACUUCUGGUUCCUACUUCGUCCUUCUGCCCGACGGCCGCCUCCAGAGAGUCGAUUACACCGCUGGAGUUGGCGGUUACCGCGCCAGAGUAACCUACGAGGACCAAGGAGGCCAAUUCAGGAAAUAGACGUCUCCCGAUGGAAAUCUCUACGCAUUAUAUUUUAACUUUUUAAUUUUACGUAUUUGACCUCUGCGUUUUUUGUCGUUUCCUCCUAAUUAGCAACGAGUUGGCCUCACGAAGACACACGUCAUGGGCACUGCCGAAUGGAGAAGUAGUCUGGCCGUCGUUUAUUUCAAAAGCUUUUACUGCGUUUAUUGUACCACAUUUUACUAGAUAUAUUUAUUUACAUGUAUUCAUUUGUCAAAAUAAAUAUAUUAAUCUCCAAUUACUGUG